AUGUGCUUUUGCGGCGUUGGCGUUGGCGGUGUUUUUGAGAGCAUCGAGAGGAUGAAUCGGCGCUUUCGACUCAAGGCUAUGGCGCAGAAGGUUUCAGCAGAAGGGAGGGUAUGCGUUUUCUGGGAGUUGCCGCGCCGUGGUGAUAUUCACCACGUUCUUUUCAACGCUUACGGAAUUAGCCCGGACGAAAUCCUGGACAGGCAGGCGGGUCUGGAGAAGAUUAACAACGACACAGUAGCGAUACCCAGCUAUUUGACAGCCGCCGACAACCCACCCGUCACCUCCAUGUCACAUCCUCACUGCAAUGCCGGCUAG